GGCUUAAAAUAUAUAAAAUUGCUUUUAUCUUUUUAAUGUUCUGUUCUAGCAUUUACGAAGAGAGAUUCGCAAUAAUAAAGAUUUCAUAACAACAGGCAAUUUUGCUUUUUCCCCAUGAGAUGAGAAAAGGGGAUUUUACGAUUCACAGAAGUCAACAAAUUGACCGAAAUGCUCGAAGUAAUCAUUAUUAUUUGCGAGAUAAUCUCGCUUUCAUUGCUAAAAGCAUUGUGCCGCAAAAGUCUCAUCAUCAAUUAUGGUAAUCAUUAUUCCAAGUAAAGGAAAUUAAGCAACGGUGUUAAGCGCAGACUACGCACAAUAGAACGGAAUUAUUACGGAAGACAUAAUCUGGACUUUACGCAUGCUGUCGCGUGAGGCAUGCGUGUAAGCUCUUCCAUAUAUAAAUACUCGUGUGCCACCAGGAAAAUCUCAGUCGAACGAUACUUGAUGCUCGUGGCUAGUCGCCCAUCUAUCGAGCUAUCUUUGUUCGAAAAACCACGUGAUUCCAUUAUUCGUUACUUGUGCAAAGAAAGGAAGAUUCAAGAACAGGAAGAAAAAAAUAGAAGAAGGAUACCUCACAGGAAGAGAUUCGUCAGAUCCGCUACGAGUUCUCAGACAUUCUUCCUCUUUGAAAAGAAGAAAUAAGGUCACAAGGUGGAGGAAAUUGCAGUGAAAGAGGAAUCCUUCAUUUUUGGAAGCGCGAUUAAUCACAUCUCGAAGGAGGCGAAAAUUCACAAGCAAAGUAGCAAAAAAAAACACCCAUGUUAUUUCUCAAAUCCACAGCAGUCGGUUUUUUUGCUAAAUCAAGGAUUCAAUAAUCAAUUCAAUUAAUUCCUGAGCUGUCCACUUUUCGGUGGACCAGGUGGAAUUGAAGAUUACUUUUCGAUGAAAACGAUGGUGCAAGGCAGGCCGACGAAGGAAUCGCUUUUAAGAUUCUUCAUUCUGAUCCUGACGGCGAUGGAUCAGACAAUGGUGCUUUUGGCUGCUCCCAGUUCUUCGCUGUCCGAUAAGAAAACCUCCUUUAGAGACGCGAUAAGAUGUUCUCGUAAAGAAGCAUUUCCCUGCAAACCUCGAUUAAGAUCUUAUAAUCUAAAGGAUCUGGUGAAUAUGCAGGAUUCGAUAAUGCGGAACAUGGAGCCAAAACAACCGGCGUACAUUGUGCAAGAGAGAUGCGACAGUCAUUCGGGCUGCUGUUCCAGCAAAGAUCAAAGUUGCGCACCGACGCUGAUCGAGUAUGAGCAAAUAGAGGUCGAAAUUAAAAAUUUAAAUACGAACAUUACAAAGAAAACGUGGAUUAGAAUCGAGCAGCACAAGGAGUGCACUUGUGUGCCUGAUAGCAGUUGGGCAAUGAGGAAUAGGACAGAUCUGCCGCCUACCAUAAAGAUCCUUAAUCCUUGAUACACGAGGAUCUUUGGAUUCUUCAUUGAGUAGAACGGAAGACUGCAAUGCAAGUGCAUCAACCAGCAUUAAUUGACUAGCUUGCAUUUUUCUAAUAGACAAUGUUAUGGUACAAACAGAAUGUGGAAUACUAAUUGCAGUUAGUUAAUCAA